UCACUUUCCCAUCCCCAUCUCCAUCCCCUUCAUUUCAAAUUCCAGUCUCUCUCUAGUCCAAAAUCAAAAUCAAAAUCAAAAUCAAAAUGAGAGAAAUCCUUCACAUACAAGGAGGCCAAUGCGGAAACCAAAUCGGUGCAAAAUUCUGGGAAGUAGUAUGUGCAGAACACGGAAUAGACCAAACCGGAAAAUACAAAGGCGAUUCAGAGCUCGAAUUAGAAAGAAUCGAUGUUUAUUACAACGAAGCAAGUUCAGGUAAAUAUGUACCGAGAGCUGUACUCAUGGAUCUGGAACCUGGUGUUGUCGAUUCAAUCCGAUCUAGUUCAUAUGGUCAGAUCUUCCGACCUGAUAAUUUCGUAUUUGGUCAAUCUGGUGCUGGUAAUAACUGGGCUAAAGGCCAUUACACCGAAGGUGCUGAGUUGAUUGAUGCCGUUCUUGAUGUUGUUAGAAAAGAAGCUGAAAACAGUGAUUGUUUACAAGGAUUCCAAGUAUGUCAUUCAUUGGGAGGAGGAACUGGAUCAGGAAUGGGAACUCUACUAAUUUCAAAGAUAAGAGAAGAAUACCCUGAUAGAAUGAUGCUUACUUUCUCUGUUUUCCCAUCACCUAAGGUCUCUGACACCGUGGUUGAGCCUUACAAUGCUACAUUAUCUGUUCAUCAACUUGUUGAGAAUGCUGAUGAGUGUAUGGUUCUUGAUAAUGAAGCUCUUUACGAUAUUUGCUUCAGAACUCUUAAGCUCACUACUCCUAGCUUUGGAGAUUUGAACCAUUUGAUAUCCGCAACAAUGUCUGGUGUAACCUGCUGUUUGAGAUUUCCUGGCCAAUUGAACUCUGAUCUGCGGAAGCUUGCUGUUAACUUGAUUCCAUUCCCUCGUCUUCACUUUUUCAUGGUUGGAUUUGCUCCCCUUACAUCCCGCGGAUCUCAGCAAUACGCAGCACUAAGUGUACCUGAGCUAACCCAGCAGAUGUGGGAAUCAAAGAACAUGAUGUGUGCUGCUGACCCCAGGCACGGACGUUACUUAACUGCUUCCGCUAUGUUCCGUGGAAAAAUGAGUACCAAAGAAGUUGAUGAGCAAAUGAUGAAUGUCCAAAACAAGAACUCAUCUUACUUCGUCGAAUGGAUUCCAAACAAUGUUAAGUCGACUGUUUGUGAUAUACCACCCUCUGGUCUUAAGAUGGCUUCAACUUUUAUUGGUAAUUCCACUUCCAUCCAAGAAAUGUUCCGCCGUGUUAGUGAACAGUUUACUGCUAUGUUUAGGAGAAAAGCUUUCUUGCACUGGUACACUGGUGAAGGUAUGGAUGAGAUGGAAUUCACUGAAGCUGAGAGCAACAUGAAUGAUUUGGUCUCAGAGUACCAGCAAUACCAAGAUGCAACUGCUGAUGAUGAAGAAGAUGGCAAGUACGAAGAUGAAGAACUUCAUGAGGAGUAUGAGCAGUGAGAAUGUCUUGCUCAUUUUCAAUGCUGCAACUUCCAGUUGCAUUUGAAUCUCCUUCUCUUUGAGGAUUUGCAAUGUUGCAUUUGUUAAGCCUAGGAUGCUGUGAUUUGUUUUGCUGUCGGAGGAGUUCUGGUAAUCAUGAUUAUUAGCAAAGUCCUGGUAAUCAUGAUUAUUAGCGAAGACAUAUUAGUUCGUGAGUUUAAUUUGCUGUGGUUUGCUCCAUCCUUUUCCGUUCUUAUAGUUUUAGUUUUGAGUCCCGUUAAUAGGAGGGAAAAAAUGAAUUUGAGGAGGAAAACAAAUUUCCAUGUCUGGUCAAAGUCAAAAUGAUGAAAAAUGUUUUAUUUGGUCAAAGUCAAAAUGAUGAAAAAAGUUUUUCUUUUUCUGAAAUACCAAAUUAUUCUUUAUCA